GUGGAAAAAAAUGUUAUUUUGACUAUACAUUCCAUCUAAAAGACACACAUUCGGCCUGAAAUUAUUUAUCAUGUGCGACUGUAGGAGAAGCUACAUUCUCGACCUCCCCUCCAAGAGACACAUGCAGCAAGACGAAACAAGCUGGCGAUCACUGGCGACUCACCCAUAGCGAACGCCCCAACCAGCAACCUGCACACAGGCAGCGAGCGAUAUAAGCAACCAGCUUGAUGACCCAAGCCACCAUCUUCGCUGUCUCUGACAAGCAGCAAGCAAGGACUAGCACUCUGUCUUCCGAAGAACCUCACUCCAGACAGUGAAGCCAGGAACGCUGCCACGAUGCCUUUUCUCGAGGUGUCCACGAACCUGCCCAAGGAGAAGGUGACCCCAGAAGUGCUCAGCGGCCUCAGCAAGAUGGUCAGCGAGAUGCUCGACAAAUCGGAGAGUUACUGCAUGAUGCACGUCCUGCCUGACCAGCUGAUGACUUUCGGCGGCACCAGUGAGCCGUGCGCGGUGGUCAGACUGAGUUCCAUCGGCAGGCUGGGCGUGGAGCUAAACAAGAAGCAUGCUGCCAAGAUCUUCGCCUUCAUGGACAAACAUCUCGGGAUCUCCAAUGAUAGAAUGUUCAUGGCGUUCCAGGACCUGGACUCAUCAACUGUUGGAUACAAAGGAACAACAUUCCAUGAACUGUAUGGCCGUUAAACUUUUACCACAAGUGGAAUUAAGAUGUUGCAGUCAAACAACAGCAUGCCGUGAAAUUCAGGGCCGCCGGCACUGCCCUGAGUGUGUGCGGGACUCUCCGGGUUGGCGGUCACUGCUGCACAUGCACACUGAGACUGAGGUCCAUAUAUUUCGAUUGUCGGCUGCAGAUUUUUUCCUACUCCUACAGACAGACUGACCAGCUGCUGUUUAUUACGAUUGUAACUGAACACAAUUAGUUUAUUUUCCUUUAUCCCAUUCAAGACUGAGAA